AUGCUUCUCUUUAUGAAGUCUACCAUAUCUUCUCUCAUCAUCUUCUCUCAUCACUCAUUUUUACCUGGUGCACUGGUUGCAAAGCGGAUAUUCAAAGAUCUAUAUCAAGAAGUCUUCAGCGAGCUUCUCAUACAAGGCUUUUACUUAGAGCCUAUCAUUUUGAAUGCUGAGGCAAGCUGCCACUUCCCUUUGUUUCAGAGAGAGUUGUACUUGCUGGGCAUAGAGACAAUAGAUAUGAGUGGUUGCAUAGCCAUUAUUCACACACAAGAGAAAAGCAGCUGUUUGGAAACUCCCUCCCCUUAG